UAUAACGAUAUAACGUCCUGAACCCUUCAUCAUGGUUAUUCGAACGCUGUCUCAAAAUCCGUGGGAAACAAGCACUCGAUCCGCCCUGGUGCGCAUCUCGACCCACAGCCUAUUUAUCUCCACCAGCGGCCCCCCGCGUCAUCCCGGUAGCCCCGUCGUGCUCUUCUUUACCGGUGGUGGCGCCCCCAGUGCCCUCUACCUGCGCCUGCAACGUCUCCUAUCCGUCCGCCAUCGGGUCUACUUCCACGAUCGAGCAGGUUAUGGCGACUCCGAACUCGGGCCAGGUGGUACUGGAAUUCAUUUGGGGACAAUGUUGACGGCUCAGACCGCGGCCAGGGAGUUGGGGGAGUUACUUGACGUGAUCGGCGUGGCCCCCCCGUAUAUCCUUUUGAGUCAUUCGUAUGGGUCCAUCUGUGCCAGAGCGUUUGCUGGACUCUUUGAUCCCAUGCAGCCGUCCGUCGCGGGGAUGGUCCUGGCCGAAUCUGCGACCGAGCUGAUGUUCGAGCUGUUCCAGCCGUCCGUUCCACCGCCAGCGUUCACGGCCAUCGCUCGCGGAGUGGAUAUUGAGGCUGUCACGCAUGAAAUGGAACGAUCACGUCUGACAGAUCAAGAGCUGGCAUAUGUAAAAGCUCAGUUGAAGAAGAGCGCCCGUGGCAGUGCCCUAGAGAAACCCAGGCUGAGUGCUAAGCGGCUGCUCAGGGAACAGCAAUUUGCCCGACAAGUGCUUGGAAAUGCACCUCUCAGUGUCAUUUGCGCGGACUUCACGAAGGACUUUCGAUUGAUCUUCGAGGCAGGAGUGCGGAUGGGAAAUGGGACGAGGGCUGAGAGGGAGGAAUGUACACGGUUCUUUGAGCAGGCGCAGAUGUUCAAUGAUGAGCUUCGGGCGGGUCAACUCAGGCUGUCGGGCUGCAAUCGUUUUCGAAAGGUCCUAGAGGAGGGCCACAGUCUCCCUAUUACGCAUCCGGAGAUCUUGGUGGAGGAAGUACAGUGGGUGGUGGAUCAUUUGAAAGGGAGAGUAUCAGGACAUUGAAGGAGAUGGCAAGCUGUGUUUCUUAUUUGACGUAGACUCUAUGCACUACACUCAUUAUGUGAC